AUGGCUAUGCGAGAGCACAUUGCAGGAGACUGUUCAAGUGACUUUGCGUUAGCUGGCAACUUUCCGUUCGGAAGUCCUGAGUCUCGGCCGUACGCUUCGCGUGAGAGAGUGCAGAGCAUCUUGCAAACCUCGACUCCAGAUGCCGCCCUCUACGUUGAAGCAUACUUCAGAGUGUACAAUCCCUCUCUGCCAGUCCUGGAUUUAUCUGCAUUCACGUUGAAGAUGAAGAGUUUUUACGAUUCACAAGAUAUAGCAGAUCCUAGUUGGCUCGCGCAAUAUUUCGUAGUACUUGGUCUCGGAGCGUAUGCCACAACUCGCAAUGAUGUGGCUGCUUCAGAAUACUUCUAUGCCAGCGAAGCUUGUUUGGCGAAGACAUCAUACAUGUAUCGACCACUCACCAUCCAUAUCAAUACACUUUGUUUGAUGGUCAUGGCGAAGUCAGUAGCAUACGCAACUUGUUGGGCUCUGGAUACCAGCUGGAAUGUCAUGGGUCUUGUUGUCCGCUUGUCCAUGACGAUGAUGCUCCACAAGGACUGGAUGCCGGGAUUACAGGAGCCAGCGAUUGCCUGUGAAAGACAAAUUCGGCGGCUUUUGUGGGCAGCGGUGGUGUAUUUGGACAUACAAAUGUCCCUGAUCACUGGCCAGCAAUCGCUACUCCCACAAGACGUCAUCCCAAUCGGUACGGAGCGACGCGUACCAGUCAUACUCGAAGACUGCUUCGAAUCCAUUUUGCCUCAAUCCUUCUCAGUCAUAUGCCACUUCCUAGUCCGGAUCAAUUCGCAACUCGACCAGAUCACUUACGAGGAAGCGAUGCAGUAUGACCUUGAGUUGCGCCAGCUGAUGCGCCAAACUUCAGGCCUGCCUGGCAACGAACACCUGCGUUCAACGCUCGAUGUUUUCUUCCGCCGCGCACUGUCAGUUCUCCACGGACACUACGCGCUAGCUCGCGACGCUGCGCUCAUACAUCCUGUCUCGUAUUGGUCAUCUCUCGAAUGCAACUUUGCAAUGAUGAGGCAUCAUCAAAACCUAGGAUUGUCACCAGAGCAGGGCUCAGAUCUAAGGUUGGUCGCACAACCAUACAUGUUGGACUUUUUGGCGGCCGCACUAACGGCCUGUGUACACCUGCUCUCUACGGCCCCACCAGCUAACUACCCGUUGCCAGAUCGCCAAACUAUAUUGGGCACUCUGAAGGAUUGUGUAGAGCUCAUCGGAAAGGAAGAGAGCAAAUCACUGUGCUUUCGCACAGGGUACCACCUGCUCAGUGCUGUGUUUGACCUGACGUGUAGAUAG